AUGCACGGAACCGCCCGCGCUCAGGCCACCAGCGUGAGUGCCGAUUGCUGCAUCCCGGCCGGCCUGCGCCUUGGGCCGGUGCCCGGGACCUUCAAGCUGGGCAAGUACCUGUCAGACCGCAGGGAACCUGGGCCCAAGAAAAAGGUGCGCAUGGUGAGAGGGGAGCUGGUGGACGAGUCCGGGGGCUCCCCCCUGGAGUGGAUAGGGUUAAUCCGGGCAGCCAGGAACCCCCAGGAACAGACUCUCGAAGCUAUUGCAGAUUUACCCGGAGGACAGAUCUUCUACCGAGCACUUCGAGACGUCCAGCCGGGGGAGGAGUUGACUGUGUGGUAUUCCAACUCCUUGGCGCAGUGGUUUGACAUCCCCACGAUUGCAACUCCGACGCACGACGAGAAAGGGGAGGAGCGCUACAUUUGCUGGUACUGCUGGAGGACGUUUAGAUACCCCAACAGCCUUAAGGCGCACCUACGUUUCCACUGCGUGCUCAGCAGCAGCGCGGGCCGCGCCUACUUGCACCAAGAGCACGCGGCUCGCCAAGGCGCUGCCCCCGCAGCUGAUGGCCUUCACCUCUCCCCGAAACUCCCCGCGCCAGACUUCGCCGCGGCCGCACCAGUGGGCGCUCUGCGGCCCCACUCGCAGGCCCCACCCGCUCUCCAGGUUUUCGGAGCACGGGAGAGCAUCAAGCGCGAGGUCUCCUCUGCGCCCUUGGUCACCCCGCCGCCCCCGUCUAAGUGGGGGCAGUCCAAGAAAGGCAAGGAGCAGCCAGACCGCGCCGUGGACAUGAGUGGGGCCGCCCGGGGACAAGGCCCCUUUCUUGGCAUCGUGGGCAGUUCCCCGGCGGGGGCCGGCAGCUUGGCUUUGUACCCCGGCGUGCGCUCGGCUUUCAAGCCCGCUGGCUCGGCCAGGAUAGCCGCUGCCGCGCAUGGCGACCUCUACCGGGAAGAGGGCGGCGGCAAACCGGGGGCCGGCCAGGCCUUAAACAGGCUGCUGGGCGGGGGCAGGGCGGGCGGACGCCUGGGAAGCGGGGAGAACCCGGCGGCGGCAGGCGCGGGCCACCACCAUCACCACCACGCGCACCACCACCACCACCACCACCCCAAGUGCCUGCUCGCGGGGGAUCCUCAGCCGCCGCCGCCGCCUCCGGGGCUGCCCUGCUCUGGGGCUCUACGCGGCUUCCCUCUGCUCCCUGGUCCCCCGGAGGAGGCGUCGGCUUUCAAGCACGUGGAGCGCGCGCCGCACACCGCCGUAGCGCUGCCAGGAGCGCGUUACGCGCAGCUGCCCCCUGCGACUGGGCUACCCCUCGAACGCUGCGCCCUGCCCGCCCUUGACGCGGGCGGCGUCAAAGGCUACCCAGGUGGCGAGUGCAGCCACCUGCCUGCGGUUAUGCCGGCCUUUACUGUCUACAACGGGGAGCUACUGUACGGCUCACCGGCCGCCGCUGCUUAUUACCCGCUCAAACUGCACUUCGGCGGGCUGCUCAAGUAUCCGGAAUCCCUCUCCUAUUUCAGCGGGCCCACAGCGGCCGCUCUAAGUCCGGCUGAGCUAGGCUCCCUGGCUAGCAUCGACCGAGAGAUCGCCAUGCACACACAGCAACUGUCGGAGAUGGCGGCCGGGAAAGGCCGCGGCCGCCUGGACGCAGGAACGCUGACGCCGGCCGUGGUGGCGGCGGGUGGCGCUGGGGGUGGUGCCGGCGGGGGCAGCGGCGCGGGCAAGCCCAAGACUGGCCACCUGUGCCUCUACUGUGGCAAACUGUACUCACGCAAGUAUGGGCUCAAGAUCCACAUGCGGACGCACACUGGCUACAAGCCGCUCAAGUGCAAAGUGUGCCUGCGGCCCUUUGGCGACCCCAGCAAUCUCAACAAGCACAUCCGGCUGCACGCUGAGGGCAACACGCCCUACCGCUGCGAGUUCUGCGGCAAGGUUUUGGUGCGCCGCCGGGACCUGGAGCGCCACGUCAAGUCCCGUCACCCCGGCCAGAGCCUGCUCGCCAAGGCGAUUGACGGCCCCGGCGCGGAGCCUGACUACCCGCCCGAGCCGGGGGAGCCCAAGAGUGACAACGACAGCGACGUGGACGUCUGCUUUACUGACGACCAGAGCGACCCUGAGGCCAGGGGUAGUGGAGAGCGCGACUAGAAACGAGUGUUCCGGGGAAGGGGU